CGCUUCGCUUUGCCGGCAACGGUUGUGAUUUGGUUUUAAGCGCGACGACGAGCGUUGAGUGGGAAUUGUGCAAGUCACAAGCGAGAGCGUGUAUAUAUAUUCAAACUUGUGUGUUUUUGCUAAUUAUAUGUCAGACAACUUUUAUUAUAACUAAUACAUGCAUAUAGCCAGAGUCUAUACAGAUUAUACUAAUAAAUUGGCUGGCAUGCAGUGAUAAUAAAAACAACUUGACAUACAAGUGUGCGCGAUCAACAACAAUAAGUUUCUUUUUCACUGGCAAAACGAAGAGCAACAAAUUCAACAAUUAUUAACUAAAGCAAAAUGCAAUUGUGAACAAAAUCCAUAAGCGUGUAGUUCAAAUUGAUUAUUCAUCUGUUUCAAACAACAACAACGAUAGCAGCAUACAGUUUAUAAAGACGUACACUGAUAAGCGACUUUACAACUCACAACAACCAAACAAACAAACAAACAAUCAAGUGCCGAAAUUGCAGAUAAGCGACAAUCAAAUUUCUACACUUGUUAAGGCGUGUGUUUUGCCUGUGUGGGUGUGAGUUUCUUUUUAUGUGUGAGUGCUGCUCUAAUAGGAAAUAACGAAGCAGGGAGAAAUAUUUGAAAAAUGGCACAAAUUACUGCCAACGGCAAUCAAGAUCAAAUGUGUGAGGAGCAACUCUUGGCUGAUUUGGACGAAAUAUUGAACACUGGUCGCGAAUCCGACGCACCUAACAUGCCACCACCGUUCCGCCCCUCCGUCUCCUUGCCGGUCAUGCCCUCCCCACUGCCCGUUGCCAUAACGCCCGCAGUACAGCACCCCUAUAUACACAUUGUGGAGGAGCCGACCGAUAAUGUUAUCCGAUUUCGCUACAAGUGCGAGGGACGCACAGCAGGCUCCAUACCGGGCAAAAACUCUAAGCCGGAGAUGAAAACCUUUCCCACCAUCGAGAUUGUUAACUUCGAUGGUCCGGUCGUAGUGGUUGUUUCGCUGGUGACGCAUGAAAAGCCCUAUCGACAACAUCCGCACUGGCUGGUCAGCAAGGAGGAGGUGGAGAACUGCAAGAUAGGUGUCUAUAGAAAGCAACUGCCGCCACAUGAGCGGCGCCUUGAGUUGCAGAAAGUUGGCAUACAGUGUGUGAAGAAGUCAGAUGCGCGUGAAUCGCUUUUGGCACGCGAGCAAAUCAAUGUUGAUCCGUUUAACGCUAAAUUUGAUCACAAAGACAACAUCAACGGGAUUAAUCUGUACGCGCUGCGCUUGUGCUAUCAGGCCUUCCUCAAGGUGGGAAGCAACAAGAUUCCACUGGAUCCCGUUGUCUCCGAACCCAUCUUUGGCAAGAGCAAUGAGUUGACCAUCAAUAGAAUUUGCAGUUGCUCGUCCAAGUUGAGUGGUGGUGAUCGGAUCAUCAUGUUGUGCGAAAAGAUCAACAAAGAUGACAUCAAAAUACGUUUCUUCGAGACCAACGAGGUGGGCGAGGAGGUGUGGCAUGACUUCGCGGAAUUCCAGGCCACAGACGUUUACAAGCAGGUGGCCAUAGCCUUUCGCACCCCACGCUAUCGCAACACAGAUCUAACCCAUAGUGUGCAAGUGUCGAUUCGAUUGGAGCGCCCCUCGGACAAUGCGACAAGUGCAUCGGUGCCAUUCGAGUACUAUCCCAAUCCAGGUAUGCUAACCUUUGCGCGUCUGCAGCGCAAGCUGAAACGCAAGCAGGAGAUGGACGUGUUCCAGCAGAUACUUUCUCUAGAUAGCGAGACGACAGCCACCAAAUACUCCUGUCCGCCGGUCGACCUUAAUGAGGACGAGAAUACGGUGUCGUCCGACGAGCAGCAGAGUUCGGGAACUCUUAAUGAUUUCGAGAUCGCGGUAAAGAAAAUGCAGCUGCGGCAUCGCGCCGAAAUGGAGGCCAACGAGGCGGAUGCGACUGUCACGGAGUACACUGAUGGCUAUGACAAUGAUCAGGAUCAGGAGCCGGACAUGGAGAUAGAGCUGGAGGUGCCGCAGCUGCUGCCACAGCUGGCGGACGAUUGUACGCAGACCUCGACUCCCAUGGAGGAGAUUCUGCAGCAGCCGCAGCUGCAGGCGCGUCCACUGAGCACGGUGGAUAAGAUCAACGACUGGAUGCGCAGCAGCGAGUUUGAGCGUACUGACAGCCUUACUGUGGAGAAUGGCGACACGCCCACCUUAAGCCACAGUACCGCCCAGACGGCGUUCACCAAUGUCAGCAGUUUGACUGCCAAUACAACUAUAACCAAUCAGCUGGAGGAUGAGGAAAAGCUAGAAGUAGAGUCGCGUCGCGAUACGCUGGAGAAUGCGGCACUCAAGGAGCUGGAGGAGCAUGUGAGCGCCAGUGCGCAGGCCUCUGUGGACAUUGAUGAGAACUUUGAUGAAACUGCAACCUAUACGAGUCUGCAGAUUGCCUACAACCAUCCAGUGGAGAUGCCGCAGAGCCAGAAAGUCAGAGAUGGACAGAGCUAUCAUGCAUCCAAUCCCUUUAGCCAGCUGGACGAAGCGGAGCUGGUGGUGCUCACCAAUCCGCCAGCGCCCAAGAUCAAAGUGAAUGCCGCUCAAACGCCAGCAACGCCCCCAUCACCGCCGCUGCCGCUGCCACCGCGCACACCUUCACCCGUGCCUGAUCAACGGGUACCGCCGCUGCCUCCCAAGCCGCGCAACUCGCAGGAUCUAAGCGUCAGCGAGAGCGUCUCCAACUCGGUGUCGCUGAGCCGCUCGCGCAACGGCAGCAUCAGCUCCACACGCACCACACCCUCACCCAUAAUUAUAAUGCGCACGCCCGAUCAGAGCCCCACCAAGCGCCUGCCCACGGCCGCCAAUGCAGCCACGGGCAGCGUUUCGGCCAAUGCCUCGCCCAAGAAGCGACAAGGCUUCUUUUCGCGUCUGUUCUCCAGGCGCCGCAGCCGGGCAGACGAGGAGCAGGCGCAGGGUGAGCUCAAUUCUCGCGCCACUACGCCCACCGCUAGUCGGGAGCCAAGUCUGGCAGCCUUUGCCUUGGGCGAUCCCAAUCGCAGCUCUGUCAGAUCCUUGCAGCCGCCGGAGUGCGGCCGCAGCGGACGUCCAGUAGGUCGCAGCUCCAGCAGUGUAUCGGGCAAGCGUCCGGCGCACCUGGAUGCCGAUGUUAUACAUAUACCGCUCAAGGGAGGCGACAGUGAGAACUGCCUGCUGCGUCCCGAGAGCUACUCGAAUGCCAGCACCCUGACCUACGGACGUCCGUUGGAUCGUAAGACGCUGAGCACGCUGCAGCUGGCGGAUAUACCCAUUAGCGAUGGCAAUAUGGAGCUGGUUGCCAUUGCUGAUCGCCAGAGCAUAAAGAAUCUAUGCGAGGGCGCCUAUGGUGUGGUGCUUGAUCCGAGCGUGGAUCUCUCUGAGGCCGAGCAUUUUGCGCUGUACACCAGCAAGUCGCCGGAACCGGAGGCAGCGGCGGGCGAUGAACAACUCCCGGCAGAGUUCUUGAGCGCCGACGAAAUAGCCCGACGUCUGGCUGAGGCCAAUGGCCUAGAGUAAAAUAGUCUAGGCUCCAAUUUUUAUCACUCUAGCUAUUUGUAUUGUUCUCUUUUCUUUUAUUUCUUUCUUUCUUGCAGUAUUAUAUAUAUUUGAUAUAUACGUGUGCUCUAGUCUACUUACACACACACACACAUAGAUACAUAUACACAGUUUGUUAAUCGUCCUUCCACCCCAAUUGUAUUUCUUGUAGGUAAUUUAACACAGCAUUAUCGCAGCGAGGCACACAAAGCCACCGAAAGUGUUAAGCGCAAGCUUGCACACAUAAAGCACCAGAAUCCCAAAC